GGGUCUGGUCUGGUCCUAUCUACUUUCUCUGAGCCUGCUUUGCCUUGCCUAGUUGGCACUUUUCUCCCAUUCCCAUUUGUUGUGUUUCUUCUUCUUCUGCAUCUUCUAUUCCAUUGCCUCCUUCUCUAAUCCAUAGGGCCACCGUACCAUUACCAUACAUAACAACAACCCAUAACCAUCAGCCAUUUUCCUUUCAAUAUUAUAUAUUAAAAAAACAGAAGCAAAGGUCUUUCUUUUUCUCUUGCCUUGCCCACCUUCUUUUUCUUUCUCCUUCUUCCUCUUCUACAGCCACAUUCCAUUCCAUUACUAUUUUUUUUGCCACUACUUGUACCUGCUGUCGUUUUGCUGUACAACAUCAACAAAAAGACCUCAUUUUUAUCACAUUCCAUGCUUCAAGAUCUCUCUUUUCACCUAUUAUGUAUUCUCUUUCUCUUCCUCCUACCUCAUCUUGCUUCUUUCACCGGAUUCAUGCCUUUGCCUCUGCCUCAUUGUGUUUCCAGUUCCAUUCUCAAAACCAUUUUCUGAACAAUGCCACUCUUGGCCUUGCUCCCCAUCUCUGAAUCAAAUCCUCCCUCAUUUCGUGCUCCUGCUUCUGGGUAUUGUCUCUUGUACUCGACUCCACACGAUGAAGCCAGGUUCUCAACGGGCUGAUCUGGAUUCUUCCCCUGGCCAUAGUUUGAAUGGCAGUUUCAGGAAUUUCAUGCCUGGUAUCCCACACAAUGAUUUGGACAUGUCUCCAGAGCGGAGCUUGGAUGGAAGUUUCAGGAAGACGAAUAGUGUUAUCUCCGCACAUAGUCUAUCAGGAACUUCAGUUUCAAGCAAGUUUGUUCCUUCCUCUAGAAGAGUCUUCAGGGGGCUAAAAGAUUAUGGAAAGAAACUUAAUGACGUUGAAUUGUUCACACAGAAUAUUGAGGAGUGGGUUUUUGAUAAUUUAUAUACAGAUUCAAACAAUGCAGGACCUUUUUUCAGCUCUCCCUUUAUGAUUGAUGAAUUGCGCAAGCUUGAUGUGGCACUAGAGGGGGUUUUGUUUCAACAACUCUUCCGUAUGCCAAGCUCAUCUUAUGUUUCUGAUGAUCUAAGAGAAGAGGAGUACCUUGCAAUGGAAGACUUUCUUCAUGCUAUUGCCAUUAGCUUGUGGCGUACAUUUUGGCACAAAAGAGGACCACUCCCUUUCUUUUUAUCUUGUCCACGUUAUCCAGGCUCCAAGUUUUACACUGUGGACAAGGCAAUAUCAAAAGGAAGGCUUAGAGACCUUUGUGGUUUUGCAUUGGUGUCAAGACUUGGAAGCGAUUCGCAUGUUCGUUGGGACCAGGUGGCGGAGUUUGUUCUAUUCAAACAGGAUAUAUUGUCAGGGAACGAGUUAAAAUUUUCUGCUCGUGUCAUUUGUGAAGCCAUUUUUUACGGUUUUCAUAUACUUGUUGCACGGUUUUUGAGCAAGACUAUUAGUUUAGACAGCAAUACAAUCUUCAUUUCGGUUCAAGAUUCUAGAUAUGGUGGGGUGGUGAGAUUGGGAGGGGAUCUUACGAAACUCGACUUGAACUCAAUCAAUCCAUAUGAAUCUGUGGCUGAGUGGAUGAAAAACCAUGCUGAAAUCAGAGUUUCCCCAGUGGACAUGAUAUGGAACAAACUAGGAAAUCCCAACUGGGGGGACCAGGGAACUCUGCAACUAGUUUUGGCAACCUUCUACUCCAUUGCCCAAUGGAAUGGACCACCGAGAAAAUCUAUAACCUCUUUGGCCUCAAAUCACAGCCUCCGCCUUCAGAAACGUUGGAUGGAGUGCCGCCCUGUUGAAAACGAGAAUGCAUUGGUUCCCUUACAGAUAUCUGACUAUCAUCAACAAGGAGAAAUUGUUGAAGUUGACCAGGGUGACUCUUCUUUAGUUCACAGGAAGAAAGGAUCACGUUUGAAGCUUGAGCAGGGUGAGAUAAUACUACUCGAUGAUCAACAACACGGGCAGAAAACUUUCCAAAUACAAGAGUCUGUGAUAGGAGGAAACUAUUUUCUCUAUAGUGCUGUUUCUCUUGAUCACCCCAUGAAUUUGUUGGCUCUAUAUGUGGGCGCUCAUCCAUCCAGAUUGGAACCCUCUUGGGAGGACAUGAGUCUUUGGUACCAUGUACAAAGACAAACAAAAGUGCUAAACAUCUUGAAGCAGCAGGGAAGUUCAAACAAAUAUUUGCCCGAAAUAGUUUCAUCUGGCCGAGUUCUCCAUUCUGGUCCAUGUAAAAAGGAGAGUCCAGGCGGGAGGUGUGAUCAUCCAUGGUGUGGGACUCCAAUACUAGUAACAUCUCCAGUAGGUGAACCACUAUCAUGUGUGGUAGCUAGGGACGGCUCUUUCUCCUCCGAGGAAGCAGUGCGCUGUUGUAGAGAUUGUCUGGUUGCACUGAGAAGCGCAGCCCUGGGAAAUGUGCAGCAUGGUGACAUUUGUCCAGAAAACAUAAUCCGAGUUGUGGACAUGGAGGGUGUAAGAUACGUGCCCAUAUCAUGGGGACGCGCAGUGCUAGAAGACAGGGAUAGCCCUGCCAUCAAUCUGCAGUUCUCUUCAUCUCAUGCACUUCAGCAGGGGAAGCUUUGCCCAUCAUCAGACGCGGAGAGCCUGGUUUACCUCCUGCUGUUCAUUAGUGGGGGCGGGGGUGGCCAGCAGCAGCAGCAGCAGCAGGAUUCUAUAGAGUCUGCAUUGCAAUGGAGGGAGAGGGCGUGGGCUAAGCGGUCGAUUCAGCAGCAGUUGGGAGAGGUAUCAGCUAUCCUAAAGGCAUUUGCUGAUUAUGUGGACAGCCUUUGUGGAACACCAUACGUGGUUGACUAUGAUAUUUGGUUGAAGAGACUGAGCAAGGCAGUGGAUGGUUCAGCGGAUAGGGAUAGAGGGAAGAGGAUUGAAGAAGAAGUUGUAGGCAUAACAUUAGGAUUGGAGUUGGAAGAUGUUGCUGAAUCCUCAGGAACAUCUGGAGGUGUAAGCUAGUUUUGUUUUGUGUUAUGCUACAUUCUCAUUUUCUUGGCAGCUUGAUAUUCUUCCUUUUGGUAAAAAAGAAAAAAACAGAAUGUGAUUUUGACCAUACUUUGAUUGGUGAAUGAAUGUGUACCAGGCACUUCUGAGCAUUGUUGUAAAUAAGAUCUGAUUGAACAGAACACACUUUGAUGACAAAGUCAAGAAACCCAUAAUUCAAAUUGUUUUCUAUUAUCUAUAUU